AUGGGGCUCAAAGGAAAAAUAUCACGACUGCACAAAGGCAAUUCCUCAAUAGCUGACUACAUGCGUGAAGUUCGGCAAAUCGUUGACACACUGUCUAUUCUAGAUAAGGAGCCAGAUCUUGAUGAGGUAACCGUUCACGUGUUAAAUGGUCUGGACAACGAUUAUAAGGACAUAGCUGCUGCCAUUAAUGCAAGAGAUACAUCUCUCACAAUAGAUGAACUUCAAGAGAAGCUUGAAGCAACCGAGUUCCAAAUCAAGGCUAACCUAACACCUCACCAACUUUCCUCUCCAGUCACUGCCAACUACACUACCAACAAGCCAUCAAACCAUUAUAACAGCCGCAAUAAGAAUAGCAACUCUCGGUCUCAAUUUAAUACCAACCAGCCGUCCCACAGCAAUUCACAAUUCGCCCCUGCUCAGUUCUCUCAAAACUACAGGCCUAACAAUUAUAAGGGUAAAUGUCAGCUAUGUCAAGAAGUGGGUCACUCGGCAAAGUUUUGUCAAAAAUGGCGCAGUACACCUAUUCAGAACAACUCACCUGGUGCUUAUCCUCCAAGGCAACAACGACAAUUUCGGCCUUUUUCGCCAUCUGCCUAUGUUGCAGCACAAGCUUCCCCCAGCUCAUCCGAUUGGCUAUUGGACUCCGGAUCUGCACACGGGGAAGCCAGUUCUGCGAGGAGGAAUUAA